AUGUUGGGGGCCACCAAGCCUAUUGUCCCGGGCAUACUUCCAAGGCUUGGCAGUCGUUUGUCAACGAAGUGGGGGACAUACUCGGUGAACUCUUCAAAGUGCAUGCAGGCAGCUUGCAUACGUCAACAUGCAGAUGGCACAGUGCACCGGGUGGCCCAAAAUCUUUUCUUGUCGCCAGACAAGGCUAUCAGUGAGUUGCUGCCAUAUGAUCUGCAUAGUCAAGAUCUCUUUCGCGGAAACGUACCCCAGGCAAGAGACUGGUUACGGGCUUGGAGUGCGUGCUUGAGCCCGAUCGCAUUCACCAAUGCUGAGAAGCAUUAUGAGACAGAGGACUUUGCGUCUGGGAGGCGUUGCAGUGUUUCACGGCGAGGCUUGGACCAGAUGAUUCAGGUCAUGCACUGGGUGGUCCGGUCGCAGAGAAAGAAAUUAUUGCUGAACGCUCAGAGCGUGUCAGUUUCUGUGGAUGACCGGGCCGACUUUCGCUUGGUUCGCUACAGGUGUAGCUAUCGGUCCUGGGAAGAUUUCACAAUGGCAACAGCAGCCACAGCUGUUCCAGCCGUCCCAGCAUUGUCUAAGUCUUCAACAUUGGAGGAAUGGUGUUCGAUGCAGCCACUCAUUGCAGAAGGUGUUCUUGGCGUUAUCCGCUUGGGGCGGAAUGUGCCAGACAACACUGUGGCACAGCAUGACAUGGACAAGAGUGAGAAGAUGGCAGACAGUGUGAUGGCAGCUUUGCGUGAUGUAUGUGCUGACGUCGAUGGGAAUGUGGAUGAGGAGAUGCUUCAGAAGCUUUGUUCCCGGCUCCAGCAUUAUGCGUCUGACCAAGGUAGUUCUGCUGCGAAGUGUGGUCAGGUUCUAACCCAGCGGCCCGAGCUGCCCAAUUUGGUUUGGCUGAGUGCGGACAUGGCCCACCAAGUUCGCAUUGCAAGCAAGGACCCAUUGUCAGCGCAGGAAGGGUUCAAGCAACAGUGGGAUAGACUUUUUGCUGCCAAGCAUGCAUUGGUGCCUGACAUCCAAAACUCAGAAGUCUGGCGAUCUCGCUUGAUAGCUGCGCAAAAGCAAGUGCUGAAAUCCUGCCAGACUCAAGGCGCCGAUGUGGACAAGGUGAUGCAGACCUUUUCCUUUGCCAAGCAGCGCUUCGAUUCAACUGCAACUCCAAUGCUCAAGUACUGCUGCAUGAUCCGUGCAGUCGCUUUGGUGUGUGCGUUGCAAGCUGGUGACGAACGUGGCUCCCGAGAAGUGCGCUUCAGAGCCCAAACAGCUUUGGAAGAGAUGACUCCUGCAAAGCUGUUUCGCUGUGGCAUCACAUGUGACUAUGCGAUGGAAUGCUUAGCCUUCUUGCGGGAGUGCUUUGACGUGGAUGAUCCUGAUCCUGCAACCACCCCAUCUGCUGUUCAAGCCUUUUGUUCCCGCAUGAAGAUGUUGUUUUGUCAGGGCUACAUCCUGGGGCAAACUUCUCCCAGACCAGCCGUCCCAGCAGACCAAGCAGACCUAGCAGCCGCUGUUGACCCUUCCCCUGCCAAGAUCUAUUUUGGAAAAAAGGUGCAUUACCUUUGCACCAGGGCGGGCGUGCAAGACAUUCGGGCAAUUAUGUCUGAAAUGGGAAAUGUUGUGACCGACAUGCUCGACAGAGUUCAGGUUGACCUAACUGGGGAUAUGAUUGCAAUGUGCCUGGAGGUUUUCAAUGUGCGGCUGUGGGCUGAUAAGCCAAAAGCCAGUGCAUUCCAGGUGCGGCUCCGGGAGCUUGCCAAGGUUUUGCACCUCAAUCCAGGCGUGUGUGGAGACUUUGCAGCUGUGGCCAGACUCUUGCGCAAAGUUGUUCAAGCCGCUUCUGCCAACAAGCUGCAAACCUCAAACAGGCAGGUUUGGAGCUGGUUCUUGUGCUCUGAAUGGAGGCUGCGGUUCAUGCCACCAUCCUGCCACAUCAAGUUCAUGGUUGACAUGGAGAAGCUCAUUGGCUUCUACCUUGCUUUGAAGGUAAACACCACCACCCUUGAAAGAAACCUUGGCCAGCUGUGCCACCAGCUGCAUUCCCAUUCUGGCCCAUGUGGAGAUGAUGGGCGCUUGCUGUCAGCUGUGCUGCUUGUGGCUUUGGAUGGGCCCAAGGCUCCAGAGCAGCUUUUCCACGUCCAGAAGUCGACUGAGAGUGGCGAUGUUCAGGCAAACCCCACUGACUUCAGUGUUGCUUGUGCGAAACUCUGGCUGGCCACCUAUGGCCGACGCUUUCGGUACAAGUAUGAGAAAGUUGUGGGGUCAUGUAGACAGACCAAGCCUGGCAAUCGCAAGCGCAAGGCUGCCUGCAAGAGAGGCACAUUUGAGUGGGUGAAGAAGCAACGAAAGCUUGCCACAAGCUCUCUUUGCAAAGCAGCUCAAGAUUCCGAUGGCAAGCCAUUGUCUGUCAACUCAUAUGUUCCAGAUCUUCAACUUCCACUGCCGAGUGUGGAUGGUAAAGCUUUGGCUUCAGCCCAGGCAAUGUCCGGGACUCGGUGGCAAAGCUCAGCUACCGGAGGGCAUGGCCUGAAUAGCUCCAAGAAGGACCCUGCCCAACUAUUCAGGGAGCACACAGAGCGAAAGCGAGCUAGACUCUUGAGGUUGGAAUGGUCGAUUUUUGUUCGCUCGCUUGAAUUUCAUUAUUAG